UCGCUGCUGUUCACCGUCGUUUUCUACUGGUUCGUGGGCUUCACGGGGUUCUGGACGGCUGUGGUGUUUUGGCUCGAGUCCGCUCUGCUGGUGCUGAUGUUCGUGUACUUGGGCCAGUUCUUCGCGUACGCCAUGCCGUCGGAGGAGGUCGCUCAGAUCACCGGCAUCCUCUUCAACUCGAUCUUCAUGAUGUUCAUCGGCUUCAGCCCUCCGGCCUACGCGAUCCCGUCGGGCUACACGUGGCUGUACGACAUCUGCCCCUUCAAGUUCCCCAUCGCCAACCUCAUCGCGCUCGUGUUCGCCAACUGCGACGAGCUGCCGACGUGGAACGAGGCCACCCAGUCGUACGAGAACGUGGGCUCGCAGCUCGGCUGCCAGCCGAUGGCCGACGCUCCGGAGACCGUGGGCCACAUCACCAUCAAGGAGUACACGGAGGAGUACUUCGGCAUGAAGCACCACCAGAUCGCGCGCAACUUCGGCAUCACGCUCGGCAUCAUCGUGCUGUUCCGCAUCUGGGCCGCGCUGGCGUUGCGCUUCAUCAACCACCAGAAAAAGUGA